UCCUUCACCGUGUCACGUCUGCGUUGUUGCUGCUUCUCUCUUUGGGGGCCGUGGUCAGCCUCCCCCACCCCAUUUGCCUGCUCCACGUCCGUCCUAUUCACUAUCUAAGCGCCCAUCUGCAUGCUGUGUUUGGUGAUUGAACAUCCUUUACAACACAUUCCAUUCCUUCCUUUCAUACUCAAUUGUGUCUGUUGUCGUGUCUGCAACGUUAUCAACUGCCUUCGUCCUCCUGCCUCGACCGGGUUGUGGCUAAUCGUUGAUUUUUCUAGCACAGUUCGUCAAGAGAUCGAUCACAGCCGGUUGCUGUGACUACACUUGAUCAGAAUGACGACCAUGGAUUUGCGUGUCGGUAACAAAUACCGCAUUGGCCGCAAGAUCGGCAGCGGUAGUUUCGGUGAUAUCUACCUUGGCACGAACAUCAUUUCCGGCGAGGAGAUCGCUAUCAAGCUCGAAAGUGUCAAGGCCAAGCACCCGCAGCUUGAAUACGAGGCCCGUGUCUACAAGUCUCUGGCCGGUGGUGUCGGUAUUCCUUUCGUGCGUUGGUUCGGUACUGAGUGUGAUUACAAUGCUAUGGUCAUCGACCUUCUUGGUCCCAGUCUGGAGGACCUUUUCAACUUCUGCAACCGCAAGUUCUCGCUGAAGACUGUUCUCCUUCUCGCCGACCAGCUCAUCUCUCGUAUCGAGUACAUCCAUGCCAAGUCUUUCAUCCACCGUGAUAUCAAGCCCGACAACUUCCUCAUGGGUAUCGGCAAGCGUGGUAACCAGGUUAACGUGAUCGAUUUUGGUUUGGCCAAGAAGUACCGCGACCCGAAGACUCACUUCCACAUUCCCUACCGCGAGAACAAGAACCUCACCGGAACUGCUCGUUACGCCAGUAUCAACACUCACUUGGGUGUCGAGCAGUCCCGCCGUGAUGACAUGGAGUCCCUCGGCUAUGUCAUGCUCUACUUCUGCCGUGGUACUCUGCCCUGGCAGGGCCUGAAAGCUGCUACCAAGAAGCAGAAGUACGACCGUAUCAUGGAGAAGAAGAUGACUACACCUACCGAGGUUCUGUGCCGUGGUUUCCCCAACGAGUUCUCCAUCUACCUCAACUACACUCGUUCCCUGCGUUUCGAUGACAAGCCGGAUUACUCAUACCUCCGCAAGAUCUUCCGCGACCUUUUCGUUCGCGAGUCCUUCCAGUAUGACUACGUCUUCGAUUGGACCGUCUACAAGUAUCAGAAGAAUGCCGCCAUGAUCGUGGACGCCAACAAGAAGGACAAGGAGGCUGAGGAGCAGCAGCGCCGUCAAGGUGUUCCUGCUGCUGCACCCAUGGGAACCCCGGGUGCUGCCGCCAAGCCUGGUGCUAUCUCCAGCCAGCGCCGCAAGGUCAUCGAACGUGGAACUCUUGACAACACCCCGGACACCAACCGUGCUGUCGGAGGGAGUGACAGGAUGUGAGUAUCUGAAACCUAGGUUCCGUUGUAGGGAACCCCUUUCCUCUGCGUUUGGUGCUUUGCUAUGACCCUGCACGUAGAGGUCGACUUGAAUUCUGGAAUCUGACUAAUCUCAUAGUCUUCGGCGUUAGGCUGCGUUCUGCUUCAAGGGUUGCUGCUUCAGGUGCUUUUGCCGCCCGUAGCCGUACGAAGCAGGACGAUGGGUACGGUGCUCAGUGGUACUGAUCUGUGCGACCUAGCAGUGUAGCUUGAUCUUUUUACUCGGGAUUCCGUCCAGCUUCCUGCGUGUU